AUGCCGACCCCUCGAAGCAAUCCAAACUACAAAGUCUACUUUUCUGAUGUAAAGAUCAAAUCAAUUGUUGCAAAGAGCCUUGACGAUGUCGAUCCAGACGAGAUCACCAUCGACCAACUCCCCUCGGGGAAAUCUUUCAACAAUCGCAUCUACUAUGUCGACAUUCAUACCAAAUUGCGUUCUGGUGAAGAGUCUCUGGUCUGUUCUGACGCAUCCGACACCGGAGAAGAUGAACCACUCGAACGAAUCACAUCCAGACGUACUCCAGCUACUACUUCCUACGCCCUCAAAGUAAUCGGUCGUGGGUUUGAUGCUCGUAAAAUCCAGAAUGAGAUUGCCAGCCUCUUACUCUUGGAGAAAUAUUGUCCCUCCAUGAACGUUCCUCGUGUUCUGUCUUGGUCUGAAGACGGUAUGAGGGUUCAAACCAGAAGCGACCCUGAGGGUUCUGUCUCUCUUGAAGAACAUGACCACCUACCAAUCGAAGCCUUGAGAAACGUCACAAUCUCUGACCAAGACAAAGACUUGGACAUGAAGCAAGGUUGGAUGCUUCUUAGCCGUGUACCAGGACGCAUCAUCUACACAGAAGACCUUGAAGGAGAUCAAGGCACAGCACUGAUGAUGCAAAUCGCUGCCUAUGUCGCUGAAUGGCGCAAGACCAUGCCUCGAGGCAAAGCCGUUGGCAACAUGAUCCUCAUUCCACAAGCCAAGGCUGCUCCACCUGCUGCAACCUUGUAUGCUCGCUCCAUCCUCCCAGGUACCGACGUCUACAUCUAUGGACGCCUUACCGGUCACGUCCAACCAUCUCAGCCACUCACCACUCACCUCGAGUAUGUGACUCAUCGAUUGAAAUCUGCCCUCCGCAAACUCGAAGAUUCCGAAAUCUAUGACUACAUUCGCAAGCCAAUGACAGACCUUGUCCACAAGUUCAUGAGAGACACCCUCCCACAAUUGGACAUCGCUGUCCCACCAGAGAAGCGCCGCAUGGCUGAUUGCUCCAAAGCCUUUCCUGAUCAAGCAGAAACUGGCGAGAAGAUGAUGUUUACCCAUUAUGACCUGUCACCCAGGAACGUUCUGGUCACUGAAGACGAUGAUGGAAAACUCAAUGUUUCAGCUAUACUUGACUUGGAGUUUUCCGGCAUGUAUCCAAUCUAUGAAGAGUUUGCCAAUACUCUGGUCAAUGAUGCCUAUGACUGGCCCAAGCAUUCGUAUGAGACCUUCAUUGCAGCAUUGAGAGCACUCGAGGCUUUACCCGCAGCGCUUGGCCAUGCCGGAUUUUGCUGCAAAGGAGUUGAAGGUGACCGUGACUACUUGGGUGAACUCCAACGAGAUGAGGUCCUUCCAUUCGGUGACUUGAUCUUCCAUCAAGUCUGCCUUGUCAUGCGUGUCAUUGAAAAUGUUGCUCCAUGGUGGCUCAAGACUUCUUGCAACUUGACAGUGAAUGAGUUGCAGAAGGAACUUGAUGGAGCCUAUGCAAGAGUUGAACGCGCGAUCAAGUCUUUGGAAGCCAUGUGCACCACCGUCCACUGCGGAGAGGAAGAUAUGGAGAAGCCAACAUGA